UCCUCCUCCUCCUCCUCCUCCUCCUCGGGGUCUUCCCCUCAGUCUGCUCCGCCAUCGCCACGCUCCAUGCCUCCAUGAUCGGGCUGCGUCCCGGGUCCUGAGCUCUCUGCGCGGCCGGAGCUUCCCUCCGGCGCCCCGGUAUGUCUUUGGGCCGCGCGCCCGCCUCGCCAUGCCCGCCGCCGUGCGCUCCGCUCCGCCGCUGCUCGCCCUGCUGCUGCUGCUGAUCCUGCGGCCCGAUGGAGCGGUGAGAGCCGCGGAGGAGGAGGAGGGCGGCGGCCCGGCCUCCACCUCCUCCUCCAUCCCGGCCGGGGACAAUGGGGUGGCGGCCGGUACCGACGGGACGGCCCCGGGCCGGAGCCCCGGAUCCUCCGCAGAGGCCCUCUUCGCUCUGAAGGUUCUGGUGAAGGACGCUGUGACCCGCCAGCCUCUGUCGGGGGCCUGGGUGGACGUGUACCUGAACCACAGCGUGAGGAGCUCGGCCCGGACCGGGGAGACGGGGGAGGUCCUGCUGUGGGUGGCGUACAGGCCCAGGGCCCCCGGUCUGAUCCUGCUGGGCCGCAUGGAGGGCUACGUGCCCGGACCGCUGCCCUGGACCACCUCCAAGAGACCCAUUUUCUCCGCAGUGACGCUGCUGCUGCUCCCUCUCAGUCAGGGAAACAUCUGGCUGUUCGAGGACUCUGUGCUCAUCGCCGCAAAGUUACCUGACAGCUCCUCUCAACCCAAAGUCAAGUUCCCGAAGUCCCUGCUCGCCAUCCCUGACAGAAGCAAUGUGUCUUCAGUGAGCGCCUUUCUGACCGUGCCGCAGCGCCACCUGGCCAAGGACUGCAGCAACUGCACUCCGGGCAUCAUCAGCAACAAAUCAGCACUGAGGAGCAUCGAGCUGAAGGCGGUGGCGGCCGUGUGCGUGCAGCUGUACUCCGGAGCCGAGGAGCUCCAGGUCCGAGGGCCCAUCCAGAUCAGCCUGCCGCUGGGCCGUGGCGCGCAGCUGAGGGCCGGGGACACCGUGCCGGCCUGGGCCCUCAACCUGAAGACAGGCGCCUGGGAGAACCAGGGUCUGGGAAUCGUCAAAACGGUUGGAGAUGGACUGGUCUGGACCUACACCGCGUCCCACCUGGGUUACUGGAUCGCCGCACCCUUGCCAUCGUCUUCAUCGUCCAGCGAUUACCUGGCACAUCUGAACUCCUUGGAUUUCAUGUCGUACCACACCUACCUGCUGACGGGAAUCCUGGGAGGAACUCUGGCCGUGGUGGUCGGGUUUCUGUCGCUGCUGCUGUGCCACUGCGGGGGUUCGCAUCGAGAGCCCCGGCGGCGGAGAGCUCGCUUCUCCAAACUCACGGUGGUGAAGAAAGACCAGACCACCUCCACGGACCUGGAGGAGGGCCUGCUGUUCCGGUCCGGAGACAACAGCCUGGCCUCCUGCAGCAUCCAGUGUGAGCCGCUGUCCACGCCCAGGCACAAGGCCAACUACAACAUCUACGUGGAGGAUCCGGGGGGCCGGGCCUCGGCGCCCCUGUACCAGAACAUCCCUGCAGACCGGAUGAAGGGUCCACAGCCGCCGCACUACAUCAACAGCGAGGAGCUGGCCCGGCUCCGGGAGCAGUCCGAGAAGGCCAACAUGAACACCGACUUCUUCCCUGACAAGCUGGUGCAUCUCUACAACCAGCCGGUGGCCAUCAUCCAGGCGCCGGAGCUGUUCGGCGGUGCGGAGCAGCAGCUGUCGGGAUGCAAGUCCGCCACCUUCCCCCGCAACGGCGUGGAGUACGACGCCCACUCGGAGCCUGCGAGCAAAGACAGCUACACCCAGACACUGCCCAAAGCCCAACACCACCACUCGCAGGGCGGGGGCAGUCCCCAGCAGAGCAGCCAGGAUGACCCUCAGCCUCUGGAGACCCCUCCCCAGGGUCAGGGCCCCAGCGCCGGGGUGUGGGGGCGCUACAGCAACCUCCUGGAGUCCUCCGUGUCAGUGCCGGGGACUCUGAACGAGGCGGCCGGGAUGCAGGCCUUCAGCGGCGGCCACGGCGUUCCCGGCGAGCUCCAGGGGAUCUCAGAGCGCACCUUGCUGGAGCUGACCCGCGGCAAGUCGGCGUCCUCUCACCCCAGAGCCUGGUUCGUGUCUCUGGACGGCAAGCCGGCCGCGCAGGUUCGCCACUCCAUCAUCGAGCUGCAGAGCCGCCACCGCCCGCCCAGCAGCAACGACACCAGCCUGGACUCGGGCGUGGACAUGAACGAGCCCCAGCACAACCUCCGCGAGACGGAGCGGGACAGGCCGUCCAUCAGGGCCUCGUCCCUGUCCCACCACAGCCGAGGGGGGCGGUACGGCGAGGAGCAGGACCUGAGCAGCAGCGAGAGCGGCACCACCGCCACCUGCACGCCGGAGGACCCCGCCCUCAGGAACAUUUUAGAUGGCAGCAGCGGCGCCAUUCCCAACAUUCCCGAAGAGCGGGACGGGAUGGACACGUCCAGCGCUCAGGAGGACAGCGAGUCCAGAGGGACGCCGCCCCCGCGGCGCCUGAGGAAGGUGAGGGAGAAGGUCAAGACGGAGAAGAGGGGCGCCAAGCACGUCCGAGAGGCCCGACCUCUGACCAAGAGAAGCUAGAGCGCCGCCGCCUCUUUUCAAGCCUGUUUUCCAGUUCAGUGUCCCAUCAUGCACUUCACUUCGACGACGGCGGCCCAGGAGGACGAGCGCGGCACCGCAUGCAAAAGAUACCGCCGUACUUCACCCAUACGGAGAGACUGGGGUUAGUUUGCUUCCACGCAGGCAUCGUUGUUGUUGAUUUUCCGUGAUUGUACAACCUUGCCAAAGAAUGCAUCGAGCUCGCUAAAGGCGCGGAGCGGCGUCCCGACUCUGCACCGCGUUAAUGUCACUCUCCCCAACCUGACGAUCACCAGCGAGACCCCCCCCCUCCCGCCACCACCACCACAGCAAGCGUCCGCGUGAACACGAUGUCCCACAAUCCCCAGCGCCGGCAUUGAAGAGGGUGCCUUCCUACUGCCCGAGGUCGCGGACUCCGACCGCGUGGAGGCACGGGCGGAGCUCAAUCUGGCGAGACGGGCGGAUGCGCAGUGCACUUAUCCUCACCGUGAAUGCCUGCUCGAAAUUCAGAGGCUUUCCCAAUUUGCAGUUUUGAUAGCAAAGCCUUGAUCCACUUUUUAGAAGCAGAAGAAAGAAAAA